UUCGGUUUUGUAUUGAAAAUUGUAUGAGAAAAACGAAUAAGUAAAAUUUGUUAAUAAUCUUUGGUUUAUUUUCUUUUUGAUUUGUAAAUUGUUAUGAGGUUUUAGCUUAAAGUUGAUCUCUGAGGACAACGUAAUUAAGUGAUAAAUUUUCAUCCUUUGGUGUUUUUCUAUUCCCAGGAACAUGUCCACAUCAACUAAAGACCGAACACACGGUUCGGCGACCACUGACCGGCAAGCUAAAGUGAGCCCAAAGCAACCAUCAGCUGAACAGAGAAGAAUUGCUGAUCUUAUGAUUGAUAAAACUGAUAUUUCUGAACUUCAAGGUAAAGUUGAGAAAAUAAUUGAGUUGACCAAUGCUACCCGAGAUGAAGCGGUGGUUGCUCUACAUGAUUGUGACAAUAGUCUAGACAGAGCCAUCGAUAUGAUUCUGGAAGGGGAAUCAGUUAAAAAUACUGAAUGGAUAAGCACUGGAAAAAAGAAGAAACCAAAAGCCGUCGUUGUUUCUCAAUCAUCGCAACCAGAUAAAGAAGAUAAAUCCAAUGCCAACGAGUCUUCAUACACUGGAGAUAAGAAGGUAUCCAGCAAUAGAGGACGCGGAGGACCUCGUCUUCAAAGAGGAGCAGGUGGCAGCGGUAAAUCCUCUAAUUGGAAACAAAAGGACGAAAAAAGUGAUAUAACCAGCGAGAAUAAUGAAAACACGGCACCAGAUGAUAAUGCCAAUAAUAAAAAUUUACCUCCAAGGCGUGGUGAUAGCCGGAGAGGCCGGGGUCGUGGCUCAACUCGAGGUAAUUUCUCAAACCGAGGUACAGGUAGUGGUCGUGGAGCUCGUUUAUUCCAGAAUAAGGGUUAUAGAAACACCACAACCACGGCUAAUAGUAGCAACAAUGAUGGUUUCCCCAAUUCUAUCGAUACAUGGACCAACAGUACAGCUGAUCAAGCUAACAGCAAAUUAACCAACGAGUGUACCACAAUGAACGUCGGUAACUGGUCUGAUUUUGCCGGUAAUGAAGACUGGAGUGAAGAAGAUUGGGACUCUAGUUUAAUGGAAACAAAAGUUUUCACACCAAGUACCAAAGCAUUGACAGAAAAGGAAGAUAUUGGUGGUGAUCUACCGUCUAAUCCUAUCACCAACUCUACUAAUCAAGGUCUUAACUUUGGUAGUCUAUUAGGUAAACAAAGCAAUGAUUCACCCAACCAACCAAGUCAACAAUCGAUGAGCUCUAUUUUAGGCAGCAAUGUGCCUCGAAGUAGCGCGACAAACUCUUCUGCCGGAGCUGCUCUACUACAGCAAUUACAACAACAAGCAGUUUCUUCUCAAGCAUCACCUCAAAUCAACAAAUUCUCUUUAAGUCAGUACACCAAACAAGCAACGGAGAACAUUAAAUCAUUGGUUGGAAUUCCAACAACAACUUAUAAUUCAAACAAUGCUAAUAUUAUGAAUUCGGAUAGUCUAGACAAUCAGGUAUCUGAUUUGUCGCAACGGCAGCUGGAGGUUGCAGUCGAUAAUUCUUCUGGUAGCCUUUCUUCAGCUAAACCUCCACGACUUACUGUUAAGAGAUCGAGUAAAAUACCUGAAUCUGCCGUAGAAAUGCCAUCCAAUGACUCUAUAUCUGCGUUGAACGUGCAAUUUGGCGCUAUGCCUUUUGAUCUAGGGCCUGAGGCCAAUAAUGCCUUCCAUGAUGCUGUGAAUCAUGUUAAAUCUAAAACAAACCAGGUUAAACCAGCUCCUGGUCCCACUUCUGUUCCAGGCGCAAAUAGCCUUGGUUCAUCUGGUUUAUUAAACCAAGCGGUCUCUGAUAAUGCUUUCCGUGCAGCCAAUAACAAUCAGAACACCGGAAGUGGUAAUGUAAAAUCUUCAGCCGGGACAGCAUCGGAUCUAGUUUUACAAAACUCUGUUCUUGGUCAUCAGACAAUAGCUGCUGAAAUGGGUCUCGACAGAAACAAGGCCGCUUCAGCUAAUUAUGGAACAAAAGUAUUGGAUGGUAACCACAAUAAGAACAUUUACCAAAGUGGACCAUCGCAAGUUCAAACCUCCUCGAAAACUUCAACAGGUGAUAUGUCAAGCUACAAAAAUACAUCUUAUCCACAAGCCGAUCCAACUUCUGCUUAUGGAGCUAAUAUUAACUAUGGUGCAUCUACUACAUCCACACCCUAUUAUUCAACUAAUCAAACUCCUGGGGCAUAUUCAUCAGCUACCAACUACUCUAAUUUCCAACCAGUUAGUGCAGCAACGAGCCAUGUAAAUGUUUCAGGGCAAAAAACUGGAGGUAUUAAAGAUUUGGACGCAUCCAACACUCAACACAAACACAAUUAUGAUCUUACUCAAGGUGUACCUAAUGUUGCCCCUGGAGGAUCUUUAGGCCUUGUUUCAAAUUCAACUGUUACAACUAAUGUCCUGAAAAACUCUCUUACUGCAACUGGUAAGGGAAUACCUAAUGUCCCUCCUGGAGUUACACCUCUCAUGGGAACUCAGUACAUAAUGAGUCAAGCUGGAUUAUCGGCUUUCUAUCCUUUCUAUGAUGUUUCCUCAAUUCCAACUGCGCCUCAUGCUAGAGAUCACAAUUUUGCCUACUCUGCUAAUACAGAUCUGAAGUAUAGCCGAGCUGAUAAUGAUGGUUCUAAUGUUGUGUCCACACAGUCACCAGUGUCUCAGACUCAUAAUCAAGCUAUUUUUGGCCAGAUACCUCAUGCCGCUUACAGCUUCUUUUACACUCCCGGUGUUAAUAUGAUGCCGCAAAGUUUAUACGGUCCUGCAGCUCCAAUUUUCCCUGUAACACCAGCCACAAAUACUGGCUCCACAGGAUCGGCUUUCCCUAAAGGGACAACUGGUUAUGGAUCUCAUUCUUAUGCUUCGGCUGGCUAUGAUUCCUUAGCUGCAGUUCCUCCCCCAACAGAUUAUGUCAAAACCAAUUAUGGUCCAUCAACAGGUCAACAACAGGUUAAAGGAAUCAAUGUCAGUAACGCUAACGAUCUUUCUGGUUCUAAUGCCAUGUAUGGAAAAAGUCACCCUCAACUGAACAAAAGUUACGACAAACCAACUAGUUUUCAAACAGCCACCCCACCCCCAUUCAACAUGGCCGGAGCCCAACAAGCAAAUACGUUAGGAUCAACGUAUGCACCUCAGCCACCAAAUCAAUAUAUCCCAAUGAUGCCGCAAACCCAACCAUCUAUGUUACAUCACACACUUCAAGCUGAUACUUCUCAAAGUGGAGGAGCCGGUGUAGGCGGUCAAAGGUCUAUGUACCAAGCUCAAAAAGGUUCUGCCCCAAACAACAAAUCUUACUGGAAUCAAAUCUGAGAGAGAAAUAAUCUAAGACCUGUAAUAUCAUAAUUAACUAAAACUUACAGUUAAUCUUUUCA